GAUUUAGAAAAUGAUUCUUCUCCGUGGUCAGAUCAAUCUACAGAACAAUGUAGCCCUCAGCAAACACAACAAACUAUAGAUGAGACAACAAACGAAGAAACUCUAAGAAACGAGAGAACAAACGAAGAAACUCUAAGAAAAGUCCACGCUGUCAUUAUGCAUGCUGAAGCAGACAGAAUGUCAGCUCAAAUAUUCAAAGCAGAAUUGAAGAGAUCGGCCCAUGAUAUGGAAGUUGAGAUGCUACAAGAAUUCUCCCAUCCGGGAAAAACACACUUUGAGAACCUUGACCAGAUUUUUGAGAAUAAUCAUUUUGUAUUUUUAUGGGUUUCAAGGAAUCUCGGAGAUGAAAAGGAGCUCCUACAAAUGUUUUUGGCAGAUAUCUCUCUAAUAGAAAGUAAAUCAAGUAGUGAAAGAUAUGAUAAAUUCAUUCCAAUAUGGGGACAGGCAGAUGCAAAAUCUCUGUAUUCAAAGUUCAAACCUUUUACAGGGUUUAAUUUUCAUGGCGUCAAAGAUGACUUCAAUAAGUUGAGGUCGCUUCUAAAUCAGGCAAACGAAGAUAGUGACGAUAUUGAUUUAAAGUAA